AUGAACCUUUUGCUCGGUUGCAUAUAUUUUGCGCUGAAGGGCGCUUCAGAGGAAGUCAAGAUUUUUGAAAAAAUGGCGGAGAUCACCAGAUUAAUGAAAGAAAAACUUCAAGCUUUCUCAAGUUCCAUACCCCCAGGUAUUUCCUGCCAGUCGGAACUGGAAGAGGUCAUUGGUGAGGCAUUGUUGGAUAUGUUUAUUGCCCUGAUAGAAUUCUGGGCUGAUGCGAUGGAGUUUCUUAGAGAAGAAGAAAGCCAGACAUCAUUUCCGUGCUAUAUUCUCGAUGCUUGUAACCAGCUCUUCGGUGGGCGAGAACAAGAGCUUGGUGGAAUCAUGAAGCAUUUGACGGCAGAGGAUGCAGCCCAAAAUCUCAACAUAUAUGUCAUCCAUGGCUUAGGGGGAACGGGCAAAAGUUCCUUGGCACUCGCAUAUGCACAUGAAAGUCAAAAGGCAAGAACCUACGAUGCGAUAUUUUGGGUCCAUGCGUACUCAGCUCCCGCCUUUCGAGAGUCGUUUGAUGAGAUAGCAGUUCGCUUGGACUUUCCUCGUGCGUCAAAAAAGGGCGAAAACAUAAAUAACAAUGUCAACCUGGUCAAAAAUUGGCUCGCUAAGACAAAUAUCCAACUAUCGCACCCCGGUCUCGCGGCAGAACAGCGCGAUGUUUGUUGGGAGGACUGGGCGAACAAGAAGCACAGGCCCUUUUUGAUCGAGGUCGAAGAAGCCAUCGAUCGUCUAAUGGAACGCUCCUUGGUUCAGAGGGAAGGUGAAAAUAUUUCUCUGCACCGGCUGGUACAACAGGCUUUCAGACGAAGCAACUUUAAAUACAGACCUGAGGCCAGACAGGAGGCUUACAAUGCUGCUGUCACAUUACUCAACUACUAUUUCCCCAAGAUGGGGGGUGCUAGCUCUCUUUAUGACCAAUGGGCUACUUGCGAGGAGCUGUUGAAUCAUUCUCUUGCAUUAGCUGAUCUUGUUCUAAAUGACCGAACGCACAAAAAAUCAUUCGAAUCAUCCCCAGAGUUGGAGGAGCUACUUAAAAACUCAGCUUGGUAUCAGUAUGAGAUUGGGGCGCUUCGAGAGAGUCAGCAACUGCUAAAGAUCGCCAUGAAUAUAUGCAGGGAUAAAUCGAGUCUUCUAUAUGCACAGCUGUGCAACAAUCUAGGUGUGAUUUAUUUUGACUGGAACGACCUGUUUGAGUGCAAAAAGCAUCUCCAAGAGUGCCUCAGCAUCCGCGUGUCUCUUCUGGAGCCGAAUCAUAUCGAGCUUGCUAAUAUUUACAGCAACCUGGCGGGAAUGCAUGCCGCAGAUGGAAACUUGGAUGAAGCUUUGCGCCUCUACACCAUGUGCGACGACAUCAGGUCCCAGACUCCGACUGAGGGGUAUUACUACCGGAAUUUGGAACUAGCGCGAGACAACACGACUCGGGCAACGCAAAAGUUCGAGGAUGCUGAUACCCAGAAACUGGACAGCGCCCCAAAAGCUCAGCUUCUCAAAUGUGCCAUUCAGUACAAGAUUGGGUUCUGCAAAGCAAAACUCGGACAGUUUCACGAAGCAAUAGGUGGCAGAAAGCGAUUCCAGCUUCGAUAG